AUGACAGCCCAUCCCGCUGCCAUAUUCCCGCGACGGCUCGCAUCAGCAGCAUCACAGAGGAUUCCACUGCCCAAGAAGCCUUCCCUGACAGUCACUCACCCGGAGCUUGCCUGCCAGUGGCACCCCACCAAGAACGGCGAGAAGUGGCCUGAAGACUUCACUGCAGGAAGCAGUGCCAAGGAUGAGCACCUGGAGCUGGUUGCGCAGCUGCACCCCACCAAGAAUGAGCACCUGGAUCUAGACAAGCUCACCAGCGGCAGUAGAAAGAAGGCGGUGUGGGCGCCGGAGGUUGCCGCGCAGUGGCAUCCCACGCGCAAUGGCGACAAGAGACCUGACCAGGAUGAGCACCCGGAGCUGGUUGCGCAGCUUCACCCCACCAAGAAUGAGCACCUGGAUCUAAACAAGCUCACCAGCGGCAGUACAAAGAAGGCGGUGUGGGUGUGCCAUGACCGCAAGAACGCUCCUCCUGGAUGCACCCAUGCCCAUGAAUGGAGUGCUCGAAUUGGUGACCGCACUGGCAAUGCAAAGCGGGAGGGAGCUGGCUGCCCCUUCUGCUAUGGGCGUGUGGUGUGCCCGUGCAACUCCCUGGCUGUGAAGGCGCCGGAGGUUGCGGCGCAGUGGCAUCCCACGCGCAACGGGCCCUACCCGAGCAAGUACGCAGCUCUGAGACACUUCCUUUGA